AUGAUAGAGGCUUCUCUGUCCGAGUUGGUGUUUUCCUUCGGAACACAAGUCGGCAGCACUGCAAAUGCAGCACGCAGCACCAGCGGUGGUGGUGUAGUGACUGCUGGUACAGAUGGUGAAGCAGCAACACUAUGUGCAUCAGCAAUAUGUGCAGCAGGAGCUGCUGCAGGGGCAACUGUAGGUGUAGCAGUAGCGGUGAAGCACGCCCCUCUUCCCCACGCCUUUCUCUCAGCAGCCCUCUCCACCUUCCGAACCUGCGCUCGCGGUUCAAGGAAGGGCGAGUUGGGGAAGGAGGCGGGAGCAGGUGCAGGGGAAGUCGCGGUGGGGAAAGAGGGGACCGUGGAAGAGGGGGUGGAGGAUAAGGUGGUGGGAGAGGAGGGGAUGGAGGAGGAUAGGGAGGAGAAAGAGCAUGGAGUGGGAGUGUUGAGCUCGCUCAUUUCCUCGUAUGACCCUAUGGCAGCCGUGCUGCUGCAGAGUGAGGUAGCUGCGGGGGUAGAGGGUCACACGGACGAGCAGAAGGAGAAGGGGGAGAGGAAGGAAAAGAGGGAGCAGAAGGACAAGGGCGAGCAGAGGGAGAAGAGGGAGAGGAAGAAGGGAUUGGAUAAGGAGAAUGGAGGAGAAGAAGAGGAGAGGGGCAUGACGGGAGAGUGUAAGGCAGGCAGAGGGAUGAAGACGGGUGGUAGCACGGGGAAGCAAGAGCAGAGCAGGAAGCACAAGGAAAAGAGUGCGAGGAAGAGCAGGCGAGAAGAGCCGAGGCGAUUGCAAGAGCAGACCAAGAAGCAGCAGCACUGGCAGCAGCAGAUGCAGCAGGACACACACGCUCCAGCACACUCGAGCAGGGACGGCACUCCUGAAGGCCGUUCGCCUCCGUCUCACGCAUACCAAUCCGUCUCACCAUUCUAUGCUCUUGUUUUUGAGGCGCCUCAAAAACAAUCUUCUCGCACUCCUGAAAGCCAUGCGCCUCCGUCUGACGCAUGCCAUUCCGACGCACCACCCCAUACUCCUCAAUUGCACUCUCCUGAGCCCCAGUCCCCCAUCCCUGCCAUCCCUACUCGUUCCGUCACUACAAGCUCCAUCCCCACUCACACUCCUGAAACCCACUCGCUUCCGUCUCACCCAUACCAUUCCGUCUCACCACCCUAUGCUCCUCUCUCGAACGCCCCUGAAUCCAUAGCACCCUUCCCUUCCUCUCCAAUAGCCCCACCCACACACCCGUACCAUCAGAGAUCUACAUCAGGCGAACCACAUUCUUACGAUCCGUUAUCAUCACACCUGCACCAGUCACACCUGCACCAGUCACACCCGCACCAGUCACAUUCGCACCAGUCACACCUGCACCAGUCACACCUGCAACAAUCACUCCUGUACCAGCCACAUCCGUACCAGCCCAUGCCAGCUCAUCAUUUGGCUCUGUCCGACGCCCAUACAACCCAUUCCCACACAACGCUUUCCCACGCAAUCACAACCCCAUCUCAUGAAUUCACAUCCCACGCACUCACAUCCCAUACAGUCACAGCCCCCACCCCCUCUCUGCUCGCCCUGCGCUACGUAACCGCCCUGGAGGAGCGAAACCGCCUCUCAGCCGCCAAGCUCUCUCAAUCCGCCCUCUCUGUCUCCCUCCACGCCCAACACUUAGCCGCCACAGACCGCUCCAAUCACCUCAUGGCUCAGAAGGUCGAGCUUUCCAAGGGGGAGAAGGCGAGGAGAGAGCAGGAGGGGCGGGAGAGGCGAGGCAGGGAGGAGCUAGCAGGGUUUGCCAGGGCGUGUGCUGAUGAGUUGGUCGCAGGGUUGCUGGUGAUGCUGGUGGUGAUUGGAAUGACUGGGUGGAGGUUUGCCGGGGAGAGGUUGGCUGCUGGUGUGGCGGCUUGCCAGGUUCGGCACGAUCCUGCGUUGGACGCUUCGUCUUUUCUCGGGGUUUCGUUCUCCCGCCCGGACCGGUCGCUGGUGACGUGGCUGCGUCUGAUUGGGUGCAAGCUGACCGUUGCCGGGCAGAUGUUGUUAGCGUUCCUGGUCGCGUCGGCUACUACUUAUAUCAUGUUACUCAAUAACGUGGCUGCUGCUACAGGGGCGGGUAGCGCCCAUUCCCGCCCAGCCACCACCAUUGUGCUCUGCCUGGGGUGCGUGUGCGGUUACUUUGGGUUCUAUGCGGUGCGGCUGGCAGGGGGGGAUGCGCUGGUGUGGCUGUUGUGCUGGGAGGGACUGUGUGUGCUACAUGCGGUGGUGGCUUGGCGGAAAGAGCAGCUGUUUCGGGUGCUGUAUGGGCGCAGGGCUGGGGAGGAGGUGGAGGAGGUGGGGAGGGUGGGGAUGGGAGCGGAGGGGGAGGGGGAGAGGAGAGGGGGGAUUGGUGAGGCGUGUACAGGGUCAGGCUUGGAAGGAGGGGCAACAGGGGUAGGACGGGUAGCAGUAGCAGGAGCUUCGGCGACAGGAGGGGCAGCAGCAGGGGUAGCCACAGCAGCAGCAGCACAGGGGGUGCGGAGGAGAAGAGGCGAGAAUGUACCAAGCAGAGAACAAACAGGGCCUUCUAGAGACACAGCAGGGCGCUCAAGAGAGCAUUUGGAGAAUAAUGGCGACUCGGGUUACAGAGGCGAUAGUGGGAGGGGCAGUGGGAAGGGCGUGGGGUGGAAGGGGCACGGCAUCGGGAAGAUGGUGGGGGGCGUGUGGAGGCGGAUGGCUGAGAUCGUGACAGCUGUCAUGGAUGAUGACGUGGAUGGGCUGGUGAUGGGGCGGUGGUGGGCGGCGAACAGGCGAGGGGCGGGCGGCAGGUCGGCAUCACGGCGCUCGUCUUCUUCUUCCGUGUGCAAUCCAGCAGAGAGCGAGCUGUCACGCCUCCUCUUCCACCUCACCCUUCUCCUCCUCCUCCCUGUGGCUGCUGGAGCUCUGCCCUUUGUCACCUGGGCAGACGUUAUUCGCUUUAUUGGAGCGCUCUUUAGCGAGGUUUGGAUGAUGGCAGCAGGUUGGGUAUGGCAGUGGGAGCCCCAGGAGCAGGAGAGAGGUUGGGAUGGGUUGAAUGGGCAAGGGUAUGGACACAAUAGCCCUCUUGGUGCUUCUGCUCCUCAGGGUGUUAUGGGUGCAGAUUCGUUUACAGCAGCAGGAGCAUCAGCAGGGGCUGGUGCUGGUGGCAGUAUGGCACGCUACUGGGAAGAUGAUUUGUAG